UUUAAACUGACAGGGCAUUUCUGCAUUGUUUGAACUGGACCCUGUUUGCUUUUGGGGAGACAGACAUCAAAGUUCACUGCUGUUACUCCGCAGUUCUUUUACCUGCAGUGAGCAAAACAGACUCAAUACAACAGCAGAACCACCAACAGCACAAACAGGAUGUGGUUCCUCACGGUCGCGGCGGUUUCCUGUCUCCUGCUGACCCCCGCCCACGGGGGGGUGAAGGACCUGAGCGAGCACUUCAGCUUCCAGGACCCGCGGGGCCGGCCCCAGGGCGGGGAGGUGGACGUGGAGGCCAUCCCGCUGGACUUCCACAAGGAGAACACGGUCACCAGCGACCUGCCCGCCGAGGACUUCGAGGACGACGACUACAUCGACUUCGACAAGCUCCUGACCGAGGACGACUACAGCGAGGGCGACGAGAUCGACGAGAUCGCCACGCCGGCGCCGGACGUGGACAUCUCCGCUGAGCCGUCGGACCCCAAGGUGCGGCGGGCGCGGCUGCUCCGGCUGUUCCACGGCCAGACGCGGAUCCAGCGCCUCAACAUCGUCAACGCCAACUUCGGCUUCCGGCUGUACCGCAGCCUGCGCAACGACCUGAACCAGACCGACAACGUCCUGCUGGCGCCCGCCGGCAUCUCCAUCGCCAUGGGGAUGAUGGCCCUGGGGGCGGGGCCCGAGACGCACCGCCAGCUCUACCAGGCCCUGGGAUUCGCCGACUUCGUCAACGCCAGCGCGCACUACGAGGACCAGACCGUGCACAAGCUGUUCCGCAAGCUGACGCACCGCCUCUACCGCCGGAACUUCGGCUACACCCUGCGCGCCGUCAGCGACCUCUACAUCAAGCGGGACGUCCCCGUGUCCGAGGCCUUCCGGGCCGAGGUGAAGGCCCACUACUACGCCGAGCCGCAGUCCGUGGACUUCCAGGACCCGGCCUUCCUGGAAAAGGCCAACCGCAGGAUCGAGAAACUGACCAAGGGUCUGAUCAAGGAGCCCCUGAAGAGCGUGGACCCCAACAUGGUGCUGAUGCUCCUCAACUACCUCUACUUCAAAGGCACCUGGGAGCAGAAGUUCCCCAAGGACGCGACGUACCAGCAGACCUUCCGCGUGACGGAGAAGCACAGCGUGCGCGUGCCCAUGAUGCAGAACAAGGGCAGCUUCAUGGCAGCGGCAGACCACCAGCUGCAGUGCGACGUGCUGCAGCUGCCCUACGUGGGCAACGUCAGCAUGCUGGUGGCCGUGCCGCGCAAGCUGUCCGGCAUGCGGGCGCUGGAGCAGGACAUCUGCCGUAGAAAACGAAGAAAAGGACUGACCAAGGUGACAGUUGUGCCUUUUUCUUCCAGGACAAGAGUGGUCAUAUUCCCCAAAUUUAAGCUGGAGAAGCAGUACAACCUCAUCCCCAACCUGAAGGAGCUCGGACUGAAAGACCUGUUUGAGGAAACGGGAGACUUCUCCAGGAUGAGUUCGGAGAAAGUCGCUGUGAACUGGUUGAAGCACCAGGGCACCAUCACGGUGAACGAGGAGGGCACAGAGGCGGCGGCGCUGACCCAGGUCGGCUUCAUGCCGCUGUCCACCCAGACCCGUUUCGUCGUGGACCGGCCCUUCCUCUUCCUCAUCUACGAGCACCGCACCAACUGCCUCGUCUUCAUGGGACGAGUGGUGGACCCCUCCCAAAACUAACCGCCAGAGUACCACGCACACAUGCAUGCACGCACGCACAUACAUACACUCAUACAAACAAGCACACAAUCCCACACACAACCAUAAUCUCUGUCACUCACUUUCUCACACACACACACACCAAACCCAAACCUAUAACCCGCCCAAUCCUCCAGGCCAGACUGGGGUCAGUACUGUUUGUCGUCUGUUAAUGUUCCACUUCCAGAGUUACUGAGCAUGCACAAGCGCACAGCAAAACCAAGAAGCGUUCUCACAGCGUUGCUCAAAUGUUAGGACCUGCGUGUUUGUGUAAGAGCUGGAGGAAGUGGCAUAUCAGUUCGGCAGGCUGGGCUAACAACAUCAAGCCUCUGAGUGUUUGUGUAAAAGUCUGUUUUAUUUGCAAUAGAACGUCACGUACCAAAAUAUAUAUAUGAAGCAUGAAGUAAUUUGACGCUGUAGAGCUGCCUUUGGAAUCCUGCAUAAGGUCAAAAUAAAUGUACGGUACCCAGGGUUGCAAAUGUCAAAUAAAAAGAAUUGUGGUGGUAAAAAAAAA